AUGCCCACUGCAACAGCACCUGCACUCGCGCCGCCUGCCGCGACGAACCUGAAGCUCGCGAGCAUGUCCAUCGCGACCCUCUACGAACUGCUCCAGCCGAUCACAGUCCCCGCGUCCGCCCCGCGGUCCAAGUUCGUGAACUGGGGUCUGAGCUUCGCCUGCGCGCCGCUCGCCGUCUUCGAGCCCACGACGGCGUACGAGUGCGAGCUCGUGCUCGAGCUCGCGCGCCGCGAGCGCCGCACCGUCCGCGCCGCCGGCGUCGGCCACAGUCCGAGCGACCUCGCGUGCACGACCGGGUUCAUGAUGCGCACCGAGAAGCUCUCGCGCGUCCUCGAGGUCAACCACGACAAGCACUAUGUUGUCGCCGAGGCCGGCAUCAUCCUCAACGACCUCCAUGUCGCCCUCGCCGACCACGGGCUCGCCAUGAUCAACCUCGGCUCCAUCUCCGACCAGACCCUCGCCGGUGUGAUCACCACCGCGACGCACGGCACCGGCCUCCACCAUCGCGUCCUCUCCGACCACGUCCUCGCCCUCACCCUUCUCCUCCCCGACGGCUCCCGAGUCCGCUGCUCCCGCGAGCAGCACCAUGAUCUCUUCAUGGCCUCCAUCUGCGGCCUCGGCGCGACCGGCAUCAUCCUCGACAUCACCAUGCGCGUCCGCGACGCGUUCCGCCUCAAGGACAAGCAGCACACCGUCUCCUUCGACGACUUCCUCCGCGACCUCCGCCCCACCAUCGCCGCCGACGAGUUCGUCCGCUUCUGGUGGUUCCCCCAGGCCGAUGCCGUCCGCGUGAGCGCGUUCGAGGAGACCGACGAGGUAUGUCUUUCCCUGUUACUCCCCGCAACCUCGCUCAUCCGUCCCGUCGCGCCCGUCACCUCUUGGCUCUGGCAGUCCCUCGUCGGCUUCCACUUCCUCCAGCUCAUCCUCUUCUUCGGGCGCUACAUUGGCUUCUUCAACACCCUCUACGGCCGCAUCUCCGUCUGGCUCAUGGGCGGCCCCUCUGUCUCCGUCGACGACAGCCACAAGAUUUUUAACCUCGACUGCAAGUAUCCGCAGUACACCACCGAAUGGGGCAUCCCGCACGAGCGCACCGAACCGUGCCUCCGUGAACUGCGCGACUGGCUCGACGAGGAGAUCCACGGCCCCAACGGCUCCCGCCCGCACUGUCCGCUUGAGAUCCGCUUCUCGUGCCCAGAUGACAUCUGGCUCAGCCCGAGCAACGGCCAGACGACGUGUUGGAUCGGGAUCAUGCAGUACAAGCCGUACGGGCUCAACGUGCCCUACCGGAAGCUCUUCGCGCGCUUCGAGCAAAUCAUGCUCGCGCACGGCGGGAAGCCGCACUGGGCGAAGGCGCACCCACUCCGCCCCGCCGGCCUGCGCGCGAUGUACCCGCGCUUCGACGACUUCGUGCGGGUGCUGACCGAGGUCGACCCCCGCGGCCUGCUCCGGAACCCGUACGUCGACCGCCACAUCUUUGGCGACGACGCACCCGCGGCCGGCGACCGCGUCUUCAAGCGCGAGCACUGA